CACACAAGGCUAUUAUCAUUUUAAACGUUGAACACUUUGAAAGUAAUUAUUUAUUCAAGAUAACCAUGGAAUUAUUCAAUAUUUUGAGUUUAACUGUUUUGUCUUUGAGUGGAGUGCUUUCCGUGAACCAAUAUACAAUGUUGGACGAUCAUUCCGUUAGUAAUCGAAUUCAAUUAAUUCAGGCAACAGUCUUUGUACCACAUCUUUUUGAAGCAGCCUUUAAAAACAAUGGUGCUGACUGGAUGGACAAGUGCUGUGGUGAAAUAAAUGGCGAGGCUGGAAGUUCAUCAAAUUCAAAUAGUGAUAAUACAACAUUGCAAAAUGUUGUCACAGCAUUAAAUCAAAUAUUCACACAUUUCAAUAGGGCAUAUGCUGAUCAAGUCACAUAUACGCAAACACAUUAUAGAAUUGAUACCAAUGCAAUCCUAGCACAAACAGCGAAUCUAAAACGUCUGGCUCAAAAUCGAUCAACUUCGCCAGGAAACAAAUUUGCGAUCUUUGCCAUAUGCGCAGAUAUACGAAUUAAUAUGUGCUGGAUGAAAACACAGGUCAAGGAAGCGGUCUGGGAACAUAAAUGGAAUAGUCCAGAUGUGUAUAUUACUAGAAAUGGCAAUAAUGUAUACACUCAUCAAACAAUGUUUCACUGAGAUUUUUUGGUUGAAUCGAUAUGAGAAAUAUUAAUUUAUAUAUUUGUUAUCUUGUAACACAAACUCAUGAAAAUUAACAAAAUAUUAAGUUUUUUUUUUCAUUUCUGUUCUGGACAAAAAUGUGUCACAAAUUAUCUUUUUUCCUAGAAAAUAUAAAGUAUUUUACGAUGGAACGAAAAACAAGUUAAA